UUGAUGUUCGAAGCAGUUCGUUCCGGUUUCGACGGCCAGGUUGCCAUCGACGACGUGGCGUUUGUGGACGGCCCGUGUGCCAUACCCAGAAAAUGCUCCUUUGAAGGCCAGAAGUGUGGCUACAGCAGUUACGGCGCCAUAGACUGGCUCCACAGGAACGGACAGACCACUACGACGAACGGACCCAAAACAGACCACACUUUGGGGACCGAGCUAGGUUACUACAUGAUGGUCAACACAGACGCUGACAUUCUGCCUCCCCGCAGCGCCGCUGUGCUCGUCUCCCCCGUCCGACAAGGAACCACCAAACCCGAAUGUGUCAGCUUCUGGUAUCACAUGACAGGAGGGAACCCAGCCUUCUUUACGGUCUACGUCAAACCCGAGAAGGGAGAGAGAGUCUCGAUCUUCUCUGAGAACCUGAAUGAGGGAGACGACUGGCGUCACGCCAACGGGAACAUCUCCGUUGGCCUUGUGUCCUGGCAGUUGGAGUUUGAGGUCAUCGGAUCAGGAAGUCGAGGUUCCCACGUUGCUGUUGAUGACAUCACAGUCUCGGCUCAUCCAUGUGAAGACCAAGGGUCCAAGUGCAGUCUGGAGAACGGGAUGUGCAGCUGGAUCAACAUCCAGGACAGAGAACGGGAGAAGCUGGACUGGGAGCUGACCAGUCCGGAGAAGGAAAAGCAUUAUCCCGUCCCGCCUGAAGACCACACACUGGGAACAGAGAAAGGUCACUUCCUGUUCUUCCCAAGCAGCAACCGGACAGCAGCCAAUCAAAACGCCUGGCUGGUGAGCCCUCAGCUGCCACCGGUUCAGCCCACCUGUCUGAGGUUCUGGGCCUACAAGCCCCAGUCAUCGGACUGCCAGCUGAGGGUGUGGAGCCUGUCUGGAGGUCUCAUCACCCAGCAGCUGAUCGUGAACGAGCUCAGCGGACACUGGAGACAUUUUGAACUGAACAUCACGUCUCGUGAGGGAUACCAGAUUGUGUUUGAAGGCGUCAAAGGAACAUCAGGCUUUGUAGCUCUGGAUGACAUCGAGUACACCGUCGGGUUCGACUGCGCCACCAGAGUCACUAAACCAACCUCGAAGCCGGACAAUGCCGGAGGAAUCGCUGCCUCUGUGAUCGUAGUCGUGCUGCUGAUCGGCACCCUGGUCGCUCUGCUCGUCUUCUACCUGCGAACCAAACCAGACGCCAAGGCUCCAUCGCUCUCUGUGGGCAUUAGUAACGAAGGAUAUGUUCCAGAGGAUCCUGUGGACGUUCCUCCAAGACAAAACCAUCCAAUGGCUGCAGGAUUCAACAACAUCUCUAUCUCUGCCGAGGUCAGAGAGAGAGAGGAGGAGGAGUGACACGGGGAGCUUUGCUGCCACCUAACGGUGGUUUUGGGAAAUGCAGGUGAUAUCACAGCAGGAGAACUGCUUGUGUCACCCUAAAUGAUCACACCUACAUGUAAACAAACACACAUUUACACAGAAAACAGGAGGCCAGAGCGCUGAUUGAUGCAGAUCUGAGGGGAUCGGACCUUCAGCACGGGGCCGUCGGAGCGACAUCGCAGCUCUCAGUACCGCUGAGCUGCAUGAAACGGGCCUGAAUAAUAAAUCACUGCUGUGUUAGCAGGCGCUGAAGUGGAAACCAGGCAGUUAUGAGCAGAUUUGGAGUUUUAGAUUAGAUUUUGAUCCUUUAUUUUCCUAGCUUUUUCUAUUUCUGUACCAAAUGCUGACUGGUUUUAGUUUGUUGGUCUCGUUUUCUUCACCUUCCUUCUGAUAAAUCACCACAGCUCUGCAAAAACACUAAAUCUCUAAAUUUCUAGUACAAAUAUCAGUAUACUUGGAAUAAGAUAAAAUUAACUUACAAAUAACUUUGGGAGCUUGUUUCAGAUAAGCUGUGUUUUCAUCAGCCAUUAAAACCAUAAAAACAAAAAUAAUUAAACAUUUUACUGAAGCUGGUAGAAAAUAGUCCAGAUGUCAAAGAGCUGUUAGGAGAUCAUGUCACUUUUCAGGCAGUUUUUUAAUUUCUAACCUGAUUCUUCAGCUUUAUUAAUAUUUGUGUUCAGAUGAAAAAUGGAGAAGAAAUUAAAAACCUUGAUGCUGAUGUGGUCGACUCUUUCAAACUGAUCAUAAAUAAAGCAGAUUUUAAAGCA